AUGACGGCCAAGCUCUCCAAGGCUGCACUACGGCAGGCGAUCGCCAAGCUGGUGGUCACCUGCGAACUUCCCUUCCGCAUUGUCGAGGCCGAGGCGUUUCGCGAGCUGUUGACGCUGUGCGACCUCCACUACGCGGAGAAGAACUUCAUCCCCUCGCGCUGGAAUGUUGCACGCAACACCGUUGUGUUUGCUGCGGCCGCUUUACAGGCAGCCAUUGUGGAGCUGCUGGCGAAAGGGGGGGAGUUGGGGUGCAAGGUGUCCUACAUCAUCGUCAUGUGGACGGCACCCAACGGCAAGGCAUGGCUGGUGGUGACAGGUCACUGGAUAGACGAGUCGUUUCAGCUGCGCACGGCAGUGCUAGAAUUUCGAGAGAUGCACGGGCGUCAUGGGGGUGAGGAGAUGGCGAAGGUGGCGGAGAAGGUGGUGGUACAGUGGGGGUUGCAGGGGCGCUAUCUGGGUCUCACGACCGACAACGCCUCUAGCAACAUUGCCGCUUUCAGGCAUUUGUCGGAGGAGGGCGCUGGUCAGGGAUUCUUCAACUCCCGCAUGCACUUCAGCAAUGGGUUACGCAUCACUUCAUCGCUCUUCACCACACCAUGUCCCGGGCAGGUGCCAUCUCCUCUUGCCCUUUGUCUUGAUUUCAUGCUUCUCCCCACUACCCCCCUGUUCCUCUCGUUUCCCCCCCUUCUCCCUCAAUCUCCUCUGUUUUCCCUCCCUUCCUCCACUGCUGGCUUGACGCAUGCGGAGAAGGACAAGAUGGAUAGCCUGCUUCUAACAGACUUGCACUGGGAGAUCUUGGAGGCGUUGAGGGCAUUUCUUAGCCCCUUCAACAGGGUCUCCAAGGCAACUGAGGGGACGGCGUACCUGACAGUGUCGAUGGUGGUGCCGUACUACAACGGCAUGAUCGACGCCAUGGAUUCGCGCCUGGCAAAGGGGCCAUCUGCGACGCUGCAGCCGUUAAUCGUCGCAGCGCUUGUCCACUUGAAGAAGUACGCGUACAUCAUCAGCAACGAGUACUGGAUUGCCACCUUUCUGGACCCAUCCACGAAGGCGGCAUGGUUCAAUGACGAUCACUGGGAGAAGCUGCAUCCAAAGACCCCUAGGAGGGAGAGGCCGAGUCACGCGUCCGGCGAGGUCAUCACGCUUGUAUGCGCCAAGGGGGGGGGUGGGAUGGUGCAGGACGAUGAAGUUAGUAGGUACUUGUCUGAGCGCGUGCGGUAUGACGUGAUAGCGUUAGAGUAUUGGCCCACCGCCACCAACAUGUUGACGCUGCAGCGGAUGGCCAGGGAUUAUCUCGCCAUCCCUGCCAGGAGGAUCGGCGAGGGCCGCCGACCGAGAGGAUUCGCAUCACCGGAGUUAGACAUUGAGGGCGAGGGGGCGGAUGACGGCAAGGAGGAGGAGGAGGAGGAGGAGGAGGAGGAGGAGGAGGAGGAGGAGGAGGAGGAGGAGGACGCUGGUGGGGCGGGGUCUGGUGUUGUUGGUAGCAAUGGGACCAGUGCGUAG